GCGGGCACCGCGUCAUCUGGCAAGGCAGUGGGCACCGAGUCAACAGGCACGAUAGUGGGCUCCGAGUCAACUGGCAUGACCGCGGGCACUGGGUCAGACAUUGGAUCGUCUGGCCCGACAGCGGGCAUCGGGUCACCAGGCAUCAGGUCAUUUGGCUCGACAGCGGGCACCGCGUCAUCUGGCAAGGCAGUGGGCACCGAGUCACCAGGCACAACAGUGGACUCUGAGUCAAUUGGCACGACAGCGGGCACCGGGUCAUCUGGCGCUGAAUCGUCUGGCUCGACAGCGGGCAUCGGGUCACCAGGCAUGACAGCAGGCACUGGGUCAUCAGGUACCGGAUCGUCUGGAUCGACAGCGGGUACUGGGUCAUCAGGCGUGAUAGGAUCAUCAGGCUGGAUCAGUUCAUCAGGCUGGAUCAGUUCAUCAGGCUGGGGUUCAUCAGGCUGGAUCAGUUCAUCAGGCUGGACAUCAGGCUGGGUAGAGACAUCAGGCUCAAGUGCGGGUGCCGAGGCA